UACAAAUACCAGCGCGUGCACCGUGCCAAAGACCAUGUGCGCCAGUGUUACCACGGGCUGUCGGCCUCGUUAUUACGUUUUUCGGUGGACGGCAUCGAGAAAAUGAAUGUCAAAAUGUCGUGUAAAAGUGACGCAGAAAUGGAACGAUUUUUAGCACGUUCUAAAUGCGGUAAUAGUGGUAAAGUUGGUACAGCAAAGUGCUAUACGAGUUGGACGCACAGACUGUCGCUGGUCCGCAACGUUACCGAUGACGCUAAACUGAUCACAAUCGCACCGUUAACUGUCGGUCUAUUCGGAAAUUACUACCUAAGUCUACUGGUCACUCUACUAGUGGUAGCAAUAAAGGUCACUACUCAACACAUUUUCCCGCAAUAUUAG